AAGAUAAACCGAACAAGUAAUUAUUUAAAUUUUAAAAACAUAAAAAGAAUAUAUGAAGUAUUAUUUCAAAAAAGUAAAUCAAAUAUAAAAUCCUCAGUAACAUAUAGCAAAUACACCUUUCUUUCUUUUUUUUUUUCUCUAGAAAAAAAAAAUCUUCUGAAAAAGAAAAAAAAUAUUUUUUACAUGUAAAAUUAAGAUUACCAGUUAAAUUUGUUUCCCUUUUAAGUGGUAUAAAAUCCUAAUAUGCAUCUUUAUUUUUUUUUUCAAAAAAUAAUAAUUAUAAAAAACACCUGGUAUGCCAAUAAAAAGACUAGAUUCGUAACUUAGGAAAAAACUAUAAAUAGAGAGAUAUGAAGUGCAAGUGUACUCAAGUACCAUUAUCUUAGUUUCUCAUCUUCUCUAUGUAUAUUUGUGAAAAGGAGUCUAGAGUAUGGGUUUUAAAGCAUAUAACUCUGUUCAGUUCUUCUUCUUCUUCCUUGUGGUGGUUUUUGCUUUCGUUUGCUUUGCUCAGAACAUUCAUACAGGAAAUGAAAACAUGUUGAUUGGCGAAGAGUAUAAAGGCCCACAGUUUAAUCCCAGUGACACACAUCAACUACCACCAUUGAUACUCCAAGACUAUCCUCCAGCUGGACCUAACCCUAGACACAAGCCACACCUUCCCCCACCUGCAAAUGAAAACAAUUUGAGUGUCCAAGACUAUGCGGAUCCCAAGCCUAACCCUAGACACAAGCCUCCUCCUCAACAACCUACAAAUGAAAACAAAUUGAGCAUCCAAGACUAUGCUGAUCCUGGGUCUAAUCCCAGGCACCAGCACCCGCCACCACUAAUGACAAAUGAAAACGAGUUGAUACUCCAAGACUAUCCACCUGUUUGACCUAACCCUAGACACAAGCCACACCAUCCACCACUUGCAAAUGAAAACCAAUUGAGUGUCCAAGACUAUGCGAAUCCCGAGCCUAACCCUAGACACAAGCCUCCUCCUCAACAACCUACAAAUGAAAACAAAUUGAGCAUCCAAGACUAUGUUGAUCCUGGGUCUAAUCCCAGGCACAAGCACCCGCCACCACUAAUGACAAAUGAAAACGAGUUGAUACUCCAAGACUAUCCUCCUGUUGGACCUAACCCUAGACACAAG